AUGACCAUUCGCCUUCCAACCGUUUUCCUCCCUCUUAACCCUUCUCUUUCCUCUCAACCAUUCUCCUCCCUCUCAACCCUUCUCUUCCCUCUCACCUCCGACUCAACCCUUCUCUUCCCUCUCACCUCCCUCUCAACCCUUUUCCUUCCUCUCAAUCCUCCUCCUCUCUCUACUCAACCCUUCUCCUCCCUCACCACCCGUCCAG